AUGAGUUCUGUGCUCUAUGAUAUCCCGUUGGAUACAUGGUUUGAAGUUGCUGAAUUGUUAGAUACUCAGGAUCUCAUCAAUUUGAGGAUUGUCAACAAGCAUUUCCAUUACAUCUUCUCGUUAAAUACAAUAUGGAAACCAUUAGCAACAUCUCGUUGGUUUAAGAUUGAUGAUCAACCACGAGAAAUUAUUAAAGAUACUAAAGAAUAUUUUGCAUAUUAUACUGAAAGAAAUCAAAUAGAUGUUGAUAUUUCAAAAUCAAUGGAAAAAAUUGUACAUUCCACAAACUCUAAUGAAAUUUUUGAAAUUGGUUGGUCUUUAGUAAAUUUACGAUAUAAGGCAAUACCAAAACUUGUUCAGUUAAAAUCAUUUGGUGCUAAUUUAUCCAUAAAAUAUUAUUCUCAUAUGAUUUUAUGCUCAAUAAGACAUGGUGAAGUUAUAAAAUUACUUCAAGAACUCGGUUCAAAAUAUUUAACUCCAAUUGAUGGUGAUGCUGAAGAUUUGUUAUUCAAGUUAAGCUAUAUUGAUCCUGCUUUUGAUAGAUUGUUACCUUUUAGACAAAAAAUCAUUGAAAAUACAAUUGAAGCUGUUCAACUACAUCCAAAACUUGAUGAAUCAACACCUUCAAGUUUGAGAAUUUUAAUCAUUAGAAAUUGUUUGAUUCAAUGUUUGAAUUUUCAAAAAGAUACACAUCCUUUCACUCCAUAUCAACAACAAUAUGUUGAAGAUAGUUUUAUUCUACGAGUAUAUGCUGGUGAAGCUUUAGGAUCUAAAAUUGUCUUUGAAUCAAUAGUACAAAAAAUUGCUAAAUAUUUCGAUGUUGAAAGUAUACUAACUGAAUCAUUUAUGAUUGUUAAAGAUGAUACAUUCCAUGAUGGAAAAGCAUAUAUACUGAUGACUCCUAAAAAGGCAAAAGUGUUCAGUCAUAGACAUAUAAUAAGGACUUUAGGAUUAAGACAAUCAGACUUAGAAAAAUUAUUGAUACCAUUAACAAAUAAACAUAUCUUAAAUGAAGUUAUCGGUACUGAAAUCCACUUUGGACUUUUUGAAAGUGAAAUUGCUAAAAAUAAUAGUUAUGAUGAAAUUUAUAACAUUUCACAUUCUUCAAUAAGGAAAAGCCAUAUUCAAUUUUUUAAUCAUUUAUUACAUGCAAUACUUUCAAAUCCUAAAUUUUCAGGUGAUUUAUUAUCUUCCACAAUUACACAUCGUGAAAUUGCAGAACAGUUAUUUAUUGAGAAUCUUACAAGAGAAUUACCAUUCAAUUGUGUUCAUUUCCAAAAUGGAUUAUUGAAUGAACAAUUUUCUUCUCAACAACUGAAAACAUCAAUAAUUAAGAAUUUUUACAAAUUUUCUCAUUUAAAUAUUUAUUCUGAAGAUUCUUAUGAAAAGAUUAGAACACCAUUAAAAUUCAAAAUUGGACAGAUUGUUCAUCAUACAAGAACAGGUCAAAUAGGUGUUAUUAUAGGUCAUAAAAAUGAAUAUUUCACAAUCUUUAAUCAAUAUGGAGAAACAAGGGUUUGUGAUAAAGAUACUCUUUUACAAAUGCAAGAUAUAACAAAAUUAGAUUUACAUAUUUUAACUACAGAACUUUGGAUAGGUGUUUUGUUUACACAUUUUGAUUUUGAACAAGAUAGAUUUAUACCUACACAGCAUUUAUUGAACUUGUUUCCUAAUUUAAGAAUAAUGAACUAA